AUGGAAGACCUGGCUCUACGAGCAGGCCCACAACCAGUGGACGGGGUUGACCCUGGUCGUAAUGUGGUGCGCCGUGCUCGAAGCACUCCCUUGGGUGUUACACUCCCUCCCUCCCUCCGCCCCUCCCUCCCUCCCUCCGCCCCUCCCUCCCUCCCUCCCUCCCUCCCUCCCUCCCUCCCUCCCUCCCUCCCUCCCUCCCUCCCUCCCUCCCUCCCUCCCUCCCUCCGCCCCUCCGCCCCUCCCUCCCUCCCUCCGCCCCUCCCUCCCUCCCUCCCUCCCUCCCUCCCUCCCUCCCUCCCUCCCUCCCUCCCUCCCUCCCUCCCUCCCUCCCUCCCUCCCUCCCUCCCUCCCUCCCUCCCUCCCUCCGCCCCUCCCUCCGCCCCUCCCUCCGCCCCUCCCUCCCUCCCUCCCUCCCUCCCUCCCUCCCUCCCUCCCUCCCUCCCUCCCUCCCUCCCUCCCUCCCUCCCUCCCUCCCUCCCUCCCUCCCUCCCUCCGCCCCUCCCUCCGCCCCUCCCUCCGCCCUCCCUCCCUCCCUCCCUCCCUCCCUCCCUCCCUCCCUCCCUCCCUCCCUCCCUCCCUCCCUCCCUCCCUCCCUCCCUCCCUCCGCCCAUCCGCCCCUCCCUCCCUCCCUCCGCCCCUCCCUCCCUCCCUCCCUCCCUCCCUCCCUCCCUCCCUCCCUCCCUCCCUCCCUCCCUCCCUCCCUCCCUCCCUCCCUCCCUCCCUCCCUCUCUCCCGCCCCUCCCCUUUCCCUUCAUCCAUGGACUUGUUAACCUCCCUCAAUGA